GGCAACAGCAACAUGGUGGAACCCGGGAAUGCGCAGGUAGAACUGAGCACCGACCAGUCCAGCGAGGUGCUGGGCGAAGAGGUUCGGUUUCAGCGAGACGCGUUGGGGUGUGACGUGCAUCCAGACCUUGGAAAGCCUUGGUUCAGAUAUGGUUCUGCCUUGCUGAAGGAGAUUGAGGAAAGUGUCACCGGAGAAGGUGUGCCUGGUGGCCCCGACUCAGCCGAAGUCGCUGAGGAGGCUGUGCCUCCCAAAUGCUGCAAUUGUGCGUGGGCAAAAGAGGAUGGCCAUGUCAUCUUGGGUUCUUUGGACGGCCCAGAUGAGUCCUGUGAACGUUUAGAGGAGUUGGAGGAGGAUCUGGAAGUGGCAUGGGAAGCGCUGGAGACAGCAAGGCGGUGCCUUGAGCAAAAGGAACCGUCCUUUCUCCUGGCUCAAUGCCAUCUUCGCAUCGCUGACCUUCUAUGUCUUCAGGGCCACAAGAGCUCGGCAGUGGAGGAGUGCAAAAAGGCAUUGACCUAUUGCCAGACAGACGAAGAGAAGGCGCAGGCGAAGUCCCACUUGGCGACGCUGGAGUUGCUGGCCGAGCCAAACAGAGACGCUGUCCCAGAGCCUGAAGGCCUCGAGUCUUCGGCUUUCCCUGAUGCGAGUGGUGCGUCCACAACAGGCAACUCAGCCGAGCCUAUGCAGGUUCCAGUGAGAAAGCGCAAACGCGUGAGCGGAGAGGAACCUGAGGCGUGCACAGAGCACUAGGGCGGACAAAA